CAGGAGCAUCACUGGGGUGUAUUUGUAUAUAUAACCCUUCCUGUAGCUGGAACCAGAGCUUCAUUUGGGCCUUGCCAUCUUUUCCUCUGCCAGCACCUCUCUUACAUUCCAUCGCUCUCUUCUUGACUGCAGUGUUCUGCCUCAGCCAUGUCUCAUACCGCUGUGCAGGGGAGUAUUGGGAGCCGUUCCGCCAUAGGGAUGCACACAUACAAAAUAUAUCUGUACGAGUGUGAGAAUUUCCAAGGUCGGAUGAUGGAGUUGAACGGCGAGUGUCGUAAUAUCUGCGAUAAGGGCUUUGACCGUGUGCGCUCCAUCAGAGUGGAGUGUGGCCCAUGGGUGGGUUACGAACAGCAGGACAUGCGUGGGGAGAUGUUCGUGUUGGAGAAGGGAGAGUAUCCUCGCUGGGACACUUGGUCCAAUAGUUACCGCUGUGAUCGUUUCAUGUCCCUCAGGCCAGUCCGCAUGGACCCCCAGGAUCAUAAGAUCUGCCUGUAUGAGUGUGCGAACUUUGAGGGCCGUAAGAUGGAGAUUUGUGAUGAGGACAUCCCCAGUCUGUGGUCCUAUGGCUUCUAUGACAGAGUAGCAAGCAUUCAGGUCUCCGGAGGAACGUGGGUUGGGUACCAGUACCCAGGCUAUCGUGGAUACCAGUACCUGUUUGAGUUUGGGCCCUUCAAGCACUGGAAUGAGUGGGGAGCCAACCAUCCCCAGAUCCAGUCCAUCCGCCGAGUGCGAGACAUGCAGACACAUCGACGAGGCUGCUUCGAGAUGACUGCGUAAGCGACACAGCAGGAACUGAUGGACAGGUUACAGGAGAGUCUCUGUGGUGUAUAAAAUUAUCCCUCAAUUUACACAGACCACUUCAGACCCGUGUGAAGAGCUCAAUCAGUUUACAAGGUGAAAUUAUGUGUUAUGAAGCUACAGCUCACACAGCCUAAUAAUUUUGUUAAGCCUUUUCCUUGCAUUCACCUAUAUUUAUCCAUAAUGUGUUAGCUCUAUUUAAAUUAAAUUGCUUUUUUAAAUUAUUGGGCACUUUCCCAGCAAUCUAACUUAUUAUUUUUAAUGCAUGCUAGCUAUUAAUUAAUUUUCAAAAAACUGUGCAUUAACUGCACAUUCCUACUGAAGCAUAAAUUAUGAACUGAGCAUGCGACAGGUAUUGGAAUGAGAAAACCCUGGCCUCUUAAUCUUUUCAGAAAAGACUCCUUAUGUAGUAGGCUUAAUUGUAUAAGGAUUUUAUUUUCUGCUCUUGUUUGUGGACAAGAUUCACAUCCCCGUCAUCUCAUGUGAUGAGGGGACUGUGCAGUCCUGUCACACAUAUCUCUCUCAGGGAUGCUUGCAUCUGGAAAUUCUUAUAUUUCCCAUAAAGACAAAUAAAUAUUUCAGACCUCAGUAUUGCACAACAGUACUGUUAUUCUAC